AUGGUGCACACGUUCCCCGGACGAUUCAACGGCAAGGUGGUGGCCAUCACGGGCGGCGCGUCAGGCAUGGGCGCGGCCAUGGUGGCGCGCUACGUGGCCGAAGGAGCCAAAGUGCUGGUGGCCGACAUGUGCGCGGAGGACAAAGGGCAGGCGCAAGCGGCGCUGUAUCCCAAGGGGUCGGUGUACUUCCACCGGGUCGACAUCUCGGACGCGGCCCAGGCGACGUCGGUGGUGACGGAGACGAUCAAGCAAUUUGGCGACAUCGACAUCGUGCACAACAACGCGUCGGCCGUGGUCUGGGGCCCCGUGGACGAGAUGGAGCCGAGUCAAUGGGACCGCUGCUUCAAGGUCGGCAUCGACGCGCCCUUCUACAUCACCCGCGCCGUGGUGCCGCACUUCAAGAAGAAGAAGGCCGGCUCCAUCAUCAGCACCAUCUCGACCGCCGGCCUGACCGGCGACAAGGGCUUCGCCUGCUACUGCGCCGUCAAAGCCGCCCUGGCUAACCUGACCCGCGCCAUGGCCGGCGACUACGCCCCCUACGGCAUCCGCGUCAAUGCCGUCGCCCCCGGCUGGACCGACACCGCCAUGGCCGCCGCACUCAAAGCCACCCCGGAAAUCAGGGAAAUGGUCGCCUCGAGCACCCCCCUGCAUCGGCCUGGUACCCCGGAAGAGCUCGCCGCCGUCAUGAUGUUUCUCGCAUCCGAGGAUGCCUCGUUUGUCACUGGGGCCGGUAAGUCCAAGUCCGUGAUCCAUGGGCUGAUUAGAUUGGGUUCCCAUCCUCUACGAAACCAACUCAACCCAACCUAA